CUCUCAGCCGGGCUCCUCUCAGCCGGGCUCCUCUCGGACGGUUCGGGUCUCUGCUGGCCUUCAGACGGACCUCUCAGCCCGUCAUGGCGGCUCUGAUCAAGGAGAUCGUCAGCAGGAACAAGAGGCGCUUCCAGGAGGACGGGUUCGACCUGGACCUCACCUACAUUUACCCAAACAUCAUAGCGAUGGGUUUCCCAGCGGAGCGUCUGGAGGGCGUCUACAGGAACAACAUCGACGACGUCGUACGGUUUCUAGACUCAAAGCACAAGAAUCACUACAAGAUCUACAAUCUAUGUGCGGAGCGACAUUACGACACGUCAAAGUUCAGCUGUCGAGUGGCUCAGUACCCGUUUGAGGACCACAACCCUCCCCAGCUGGAGCUGAUCAAGCCGUUCUGUGAGGAUCUGGAUCAGUGGCUGAGUGAAGACGAGCAGCACGUGGCGGCGAUCCACUGCAAGGCGGGGAAAGGACGCACGGGCGUGAUGAUCUGCGCCUACCUGCUGCACCGCCGCAAGUUCCAGGAGGCUCAGGAGGCUCUGGACUUCUACGGAGAGGUCCGAACCCGGGACAAGAAGGGCGUGACCAUCCCCAGUCAGCGGCGUUACGUCAUCUACUACAGCUUCCUGCUGAGGAACCAGCUGCUCUACAAACCCGUCGCUCUGCUCUUCCACAAGAUGCUGUUUGAAACCAUCCCCAUGUUCACCGGAGGCACCUGCAACCCUCAGUUCGUGGUCUACCAGCUGAAGGUGAAGAUCCACACCUCUAACCCCGCCCACACCCGGCGGGAGGACAAAGUGAUGCUGUUUGAGUUCCCACAGCCGCUUCCUGUCUGCGGAGACAUCAAGGUGGAGUUCUUCCACAAGCAGAACAAGAUGAUGAAGAAGAUUCUGUCCCUGCAGGAGAAGAUGUUCCACUUCUGGGUCAACACCUUCUUCAUCCCAGGACCUGAGGAGAACCUGGACAGACUGGAGAACGGCAGCGCCGGGACGCCUCGGGAACCUGCCGACAGGACGCACCAGAACCCGGGGGUGAUGAUGAUGAUGAUGACGGGAGGAGAAACCAACGACAGGGACUUCCUGGUUCUCACCCUGACCAAGACUGACCUGGACAAGGCCAACAAAGACAAGGCCAACAGGAACUUCUCCCCCAACUUCAAGGUGAAACUGUUUUUUACGAAGACUGUGGAGGAGGGAGCGAACUCUGACGCCAGCAGCACGUCGGCCUCGGUGACGCCGGACGUCAGCGACAACGAGCCGGAUCACUACCGCUACUCUGACACCACGGACUCCGACCCGGAGAACGAGCCGUUCGAAGACGAUCACCACAAUCAGAUCACAAAAGUCUGACAUACACACAUACACACACACACACACACACACACACACACACACAUACAGGUGUGUAUAUAUAUAUAUAUAUACAUAUAUAUAUAUAUAUAUAUUUCAGUAUGUUUACACACUCAUGAACCCCCAAACUAAGACUGGGUGUCGUUAGCUAACGGGGGAAUAUAACCAACGGACCACCACUGAUCUGUGGGUCUCAAAGAGCUCAGGUCAGUGUAUAAGACCCCCCCCUCCCCAAUCUUCUGCUCAAUGCACAGCUGGACAAUCACAUGACACGGCGGUCGGAGGUGAGUAGGGCGAGCUAACGGACAAUGAGACGGAUUGAAUGGACGGACAGGAGAUUUAAAAACAUAAAGGAGUAAAACUUGAAUAUAAACAAAGUGAACGUCUGUCUGUCGGAUGAACCCAUUUGUCCUUCCUUCCUUCCUUCCUUCCUUCCUCACCUUAUGCAGACGAGUCCUUUCAUCUCUUCAACCUUCAGCUCCGUCACGUUGUCUCUUCUCUCUCUGCGCCGUCGUCAGCCGGCACUGAAGUCUUUGGACAUCAGUCCAAUAAAUCUGUAGUUGUUCAUUGGUAGAAAUCUUUUACGCUUUAAAUCUGCAGCAUUUGCGUCUUGUGAAGUUCACCUGGCACUGAAACAGAAUUUGGACCAUUGAAGUGCGUUAAAGUCGUUUUAAAUGAAUGAACUAAUGAAACCAGAAUAAGGAUUUGAUUUUGGAGCCACCUGAGAAAGUGAAGAACCGACCUCAUCGUUGGUAAAACCCAACCCUGGUCUACCAAACCCUUCCUGACUAUGGAAAGUUCUGCUCCGGUUCAGACCAGUCUGGGAUGGUGAGGACCAGUUUGAACUGGCCUGGACCAGGUAGUGUCAGCCAGUCUGGGUUGAUGGGAUUGGUCUGAUCCGGUUCAGGCCAGUCUGGGUCGGUUUGGACGAGUCUAACUCUGAAUUCAAACUGAAUUAUUUUGUGUUCUUGAGAUCGGAAACCACCAGAGAACUCAUUUUCUCCUGUCGUGGACCGGACCAGUCUCAGUGCUGGUCUUUACCAGAGUUCAGAGUCAGCCGAUCUAGACUAACUUUGGGAUGAAGCGGCACACAGAGAGAAGAGACUGAGGAAGACAAUGACGAAGAGAAACUUCACAAUCUGUCAAUCGUCUACUGUUGAAAACAAACCUACAGUACAAACCUACUGUGAACAAAAUGCUUUUACUACUUUUCUGUCCGUCUGUCUUCAGUUUUGCACAGAGGGAUUCUCUUCAGACUUUCGAUCAGCUCCUCCAGUUCCAUAAGAUGUAUUUAGUUAAACUCUGACUUAUAUCAAACAUUAAGCUAAACAAACCGGAUGCUCACAGUAUAACCAUUCCUUCAGCCGGAUUGCUUUCAAGCUAUAACACACCCUGACACAAACUAGAGCAGAAACCUACAGCUCCAGAGCGCUUGGUUUUCACAUCCCUGGCAUGCCCGGCGGGUGGGGUUUGCACUUUAUAAAGGACAGUUCGCUGAAUAUUGAUGCGUAUUACCAUCCAGGAGCCUGUUUAACUCGUGUCGUGCUGAUCUCUGUCAAGUUGAAAGUCCGUUUAUAAAGCUGCCGUUUUGAGGCUUGAGGUCAGGACCCAGCGUGGGUCGGCGGUAGAUAUCUAAGGAUAAAGACAAGUUUGCUUGAUAGAUGUUUUGUAAAAGUGCUCUUGAAGACGUAUUUCUUUGGAUCAGCGGUCAGCCGACGUUGAGAACCUGUUGUACAGAGGGGAAGCUUGUUUGAGCAUGUCGCUGACCAAUCAGCUUCCAGCAGGAAGUGACCUCAGUGGGUCACAAGGGUCGGCCCUGGUUUGUCUUUGGUUUCUGACAUCACAAAAGGGUAAUCCUCUAUAACUACUAUAACUCUGUCCAUAGAAUAUUAAUCCUUUAUCUCACUACUACUUCUUGGACACAUUUUAAGCAUUCAAGUUCUUACAAACCACCUUAACACCAGAGAUCACAGUUUGAGGAUCUCAUUAACAUCUCAGCAGGUUGAGACUAUUCAGACUGGACUCUACAGAAGGAAAUGAACAUAUGGGAUGCUCUGAUUCAUCGUUCGUUAGAGGAAACCAAAACUCAUCAGCAGUUGGUUCCUAUUCUUUGGGCUCUUACUGAAUGUUGAGGAUUUAAAACCCUUUUUCUAAAGGUCAACAGAAAAACUUCCCUGAUUGGACUUAAGAUGCUGUUUCUGCUGAUUGGUUUGCUAAUCAGAUCUGGGGAUCACUGUGAUUGAUCGGAGCAUCCCUAAUGAUCUAAAGGAACAUCUUCCUUCAGGUGUGGGUAGAAGUGUUCAUCCUGAUGUCUGAUUUCCGUCCUAACAUUUGGUGCUACUACGUUUCACUGGCUCUGCGUUGGUGUUGUAGUUAUUGAUCGUUCAUCAUAGGUGUGGUAUCAAGACUCUGGAUGUUCCUGUUGUCGACCCUGAAGGCCUCCUCGAGAGCCUGAUCACACAGGACAGACUUGAAAACAUGAAAUCAUCAGCACUGCAUAGACUCUUCUAGAAUCUUUAAAGGCAGCUUUGGUCGUGCCAGACCCUCUAGAAGAUUACUCCCAACCUUGACUCCCAUCUGGACAUCAGAACCUGAACUCAAAGAGUCAACGGCACACAGAAUGACAUCGAGCGGCCAAAUGACAAUAAUGUCGACCAUGAUAUCCCAGAGGUGUCAAGGAAAAGGGAAGAAGAGGCUCCUCUGGGACUCCUCCAGGACUAAACCAGACGUCCAGAGGGCUCAUGUCCAGUCUUAGUCUCAACCCUAAAACAAUUUACUGAGCUUUUCUUAGUGAAAACUGUUAUCCCGAUGUCCUUUAAAGAAAUGUCCGGAAUCCCUUCUCUUCUUCCCUCUGAGGUGUACCGGCUGGUUAAACAAAGUCUCCUCGUUAAAUCCCCAUUUCCUGGUUGGAAAAAUGAGCAAGCCAGUCAAAUAUCUUUAAAACGGGAAUCUUCAAUCAGAACGACGACGAGGACGUAAAGAUUCCAGGUGGACAGUUUGUUGAAAGUCGACUUCCUUUCUGUGCCGAAGGACAGACUGUGAUCAUCAGGUUGUAAACACCUGAUGAUCACAGAAAUAGGACUCAAAGGUCCUUAAAGUCCCUCAAAAAAAGGUUCUGAUGAAGUGCCGUCCUGUGUGAUCACGUCCUGAUGUGGAGCUCUCGGGCUUUUGAACAUCGUCGGGUCUUCAGUUCGUCUAGUUGGGUUUAAGGUGCUAAGCUAACCAGGGCUGCUCGCUACCAGCCGCGAGGGUUCCUCCGGUCCUGAUCCGUGACGUCAGAGUGCCGAUCGAUCCACAGGCUCAGUUUGUGUAUUUUACAGCAACAACACACUUCCUGUCUUGAGUCCUGUUAGGUGCUGUCAAGCCUGGCCUCACUUCCUGUCAUCAACCCGUUCAGACAUACGUGGACUCCUUCAGGCUUAAAGCAACGUGUUCCACAGUAUGACAAAAUCUGUUGGCCAAUAAAUGCAAACUUUUUUAAACCGACCUUUCUUUCGGGACGCUGUUUGAUCAGCUGACCGUAGAGCCGGUGUACGUAGACUGUGUCGAGGCCCAAUCCUCCCAAAUCUCAGCAACACUUUGUUCAGCCCGAUGCCUCAAACAAGCUGAUUGAUAAACUUCCUGUUGGGAGGCGUGUUAGAAAGGAAAACAAAGAGUUAAAGAAACAAAGCCACUUGAACGUCUCGUUUGCUUGAACCUGAAUGUAAACGCUAAAUUGCUACCAACUAAUGUUCUAAUGUUAAGAUAGGCAUCUCAGCACAUUUUAGAAAACAAAUGGAUGAAUAUGUCUGACUUUGCGUUGUUGAACGUUACUCGUACGGCCGAUCGCUGAACGGGUUCCAGGUGUUUGAGGCCAGGCAGGUGCUGUCCUCGUCUCUGACGGUUUCAGGUGCUCAACAUCUUUUCUCUUUCCACCAGUUUACGGUUAAAUCUUAACGCGUCCGAGUCCAACUUUGUUAAGUCCAUCUGAGAGACUUGGAGUUAACAGAAACCGUGUGAAAUAGUACAAAGUUCAGCACCAGAUACCCGGUGAUCCAGAACUGAACCGCAGAGGUUUAGAAAUGAACUCCCUUGGUCGACCCUAAAGGAGGUUCAGGGUUCCUAUUCAGAUCCAGAAAGUCAGAAAGAAAACCGAAGUGACAUAAACUCUGAGAGAAGACAUCUGGAAAACUUAAACGUCUCAACGUCACUGAGUUCAAUGAUUCAGAUCAACGACUUCACGUUAACCGUGAAAUCAGCCGCUGACGUUCGAUCUGGAAUCUGUAAAGGAACCUUGAAUGCCGCUCUGAAUGAACCUUUAACCUCCAACAAUCACCGUUAACGUGGUUUUACACACUGAAGAAUACAUUCGAGCUCCAGUGAUUCCUAGUUGUGUCUUUUUUAGACGACGCUUCAACUCUUUUCUGUUUACAUCACCAAACCUGCCAAAAUGAAGCUCAGACUCUGUUUUCUUUUUUAUUGUUUGUUUGUUGGUUAUUUUGGAUUUGAAAAGGUAAACAUGGUCUACAUUCAUGUUCGUUCUUCUUUUUGCCUUAAGGGUUCGGUCACAUUAGCCCUACGUCAACAGAACCUCUGGUAGUAUCAUGUUGUACAAAUACAUCAACACAACAAUGUCCACAUUUCAAACCCAACGUUUCAGUGUUUCUAUUGGCUGAAUGUGCAAAUUUAAAAGGUGGAGGCUGAACUCCCCCUACGGGGGAUCAGACUAAAACAGGAAAUUCAGCCUUGAAUUUCUCUUUUGGGCUUUUAUUGAAGUGAAUGAGAGACGGAGCUCUUAUUUUGUAGGACAGAGGCGUCAUGUGACCAAACCUUAUACCUGAAGCCAGCAACUGUUUUCUGCUCGACAGUUUCUCUGCAUCUCAGACCACAAUAUCUAUAUAUAUUUGUUUUUUUAAAGAUGUAUAGCUAUGUAUAUAUCUAUAUAUCAAAAAGGCUGAUGGGCUGGUUGAUGACGGGUGAUUUUUGUUAAGCCCCACCCCCCCAGUUGUUGAUCUUUGCGUUUUCACGCUGAACACUUUUUACAGUAUCAGAAUUCAUAGUAUUUAAACAACGGGUCCUUGAUUUCAGACAGAAAUAGAAAAAAUAAUUUAAUUUCAUCAUCAGCUUAAAAAUAUUAGCUGUAGCUAGCUAACUAAGCUAACACUAGCUCUAUGAGUUGGGUGAAAACUGCUGAGUUUAAUGUUUCAAUCUAACUUGUUUUUUAAGACAAGUACCUUGUAACAAGGUCUUAAAUGCAAACUUAAUAUUAUGCUGACAGACUGAAGCUAAAGCUAUCAGGUCGAGAUAUCAUGCUAACAGACAAGCUAAAGCUAACUGUGAUGGAUAUAAGAUAUGAUUGGACAAUUUGAUUCGGGGGAGGGGUUUAGAGAACGGUCAAUUCAAGAAGUUCACAAUGAUACAUUUACAAUACAAUACAUUUCUCUGGAUUUUGACCUUAUGGGGAUCCGACUAAAAACAAGCCGUGAUGUAAUCGCCAAUGUUCGUCCAAUAAAAGAGCUUCUUAUUGUUGUUAUACAUUUACAAUAACCUUUUGCUUUUUGUUAGUUUGUGUGUCAAACCAAGUCUCGUUCUGAGAAGUCUCAUUCUGAAAUCGUCCACAUUGUUAAAAUCAUCUCAAUAUUCAGCUGUGACGUUGAAAACAUUCAAGAAAACACAAAUCUCCAACACAACAAACUGACAACACUCCUCUCUCCAACUCUCACUCACGUUUCCACCGGAAACGAGACUUCUGUCGGGAGGUUUCUGAACGCGACUUCUCUUUGAGCGAGACUUGGUUAGACACAAAAACAGGCCGAUGGUAUCAGGUGACUCUAAAUGGACAAAUGUUACUUUACAGCCCGAAUGCAGAGUUCUGCCUCAGAACUGGACCCGUUUAAAAACUGUGUCCCCUUCAGACACGAGGACACGAGGACAUGGAGUCCAGGUUUAAAAAAGUCAUCUUUGUUCAAACUAAACUUCCUCAGAAACGAUUCGAGCAGAACAUCGUUGUUCAGCUUCAGGUUUCAGCUCGGCGGUCCACAAUGUUUCUGUUCGUGAUGACGAUUGUUUUGAUUUGUCAGGUAUUGAUUUUGCCAACAAACAGAAAAGUCACCAUGACAACCGUGUAAAACAUUUCAUGGUAAUAUGCCCCCCCCCCCGUUUUAUUCUUUCCCU